GCUUCAUAACAUACACCGACGUCGUUUCAACUCUUCAUCUUCAUUUUUUCUGUAACUUGUCCCAUUUUUUUCUUCCCAAAAAUAUAUAAAAAAAUGAGAUUUCUUCUCCAUCUAACGACUUUAAGCUUCUUCUUCUUCUUCUUCUUCUUCUUCACAGUGAAUCCAAUCUCAGCCAAAUUCUACUCCAACGUCUCUUCAAUUCCACCGUUACAAUUCCUAAACGCAACACAAAACGCAUGGGAAACAUUCUCCAAACUCGCCGGUUGUCACAUCGGAGAAAAUAUCAACGGUCUCUCAAAACUCAAACAAUACUUUCGCCGUUUCGGUUAUAUCACCGGUACCAAUAAUUGCACAGACGAUUUUGAUGACGUACUUCAAUCGGCGAUCAAUACUUACCAGAAAAAUUUCAAUCUCAAAGUCACCGGAAAACUCGAUUCGUCGACUCUCCGGCAAAUCGUUAAACCGAGAUGCGGGAAUCCGGAUAUGAUCGACGGAGUUUCGGAGAUGAACGGUGGAAAAAAGCUUCGUGCGACGGAGCGGUACUCGUUUUUCCCCGGGAAGCCACGGUGGCCGAAACGGAAACGCGAUCUGACUUACGCGUAUGUGCCGCAGAAUAAUCUAACCGACGAGGUUAAACGCGUGUUUGCACGCGCCUUCACGCGUUGGGCGGAGGUGACUCCGUUGAAUUUCACGCGCUCUGAGUCUCUCCUCGGAGCUGAUAUAGUGAUCGGAUUCUUCUCCGGUGAACAUGGUGAUGGAGAGCCGUUUGAUGGAGCUAUGGGAACAUUAGCGCACGCUUCGUCUCCUCCAACGGGGAUGUUACAUUUAGACGGUGAUGAGGAUUGGUUGAUCUCUGACGGUGAAAUUAGCCGUCGGGUUUUACCGGUGACGUCGGUGGUGGAUCUUGAAUCGGUGGCGGUACAUGAGAUCGGACAUCUUUUAGGGUUAGGUCACUCGUCGGUGGAAGAUGCGAUUAUGUUUCCGGCGAUAUCUGGUGGAGAUCGGAAAGUGGAGUUAGCGAAGGAUGAUAUUGAAGGGAUUCAGCAUUUGUACGGAGGAAAUCCGAACGGAGACGGUGGUGUUUCGAAGCCUAGCCGGGAGAAUGAAUCCACCGGUGGCGCUGGUGAUAGCGUUCGUCGGUGGAGUGGGUUGGUGUUUAUCCUAUCAUCGAUUGCCACGUGUCUAUGGUUGAUUUGUGUUUAGAUGUUAUGCAGGUUAUAUUAUACCUUUAUUCCCUUUAUUUUGGGGUCAUCGAUUAUGUCAUUUCUAAAAGUAAAGAUUUUAUUAUACUUUUAUUCCCUGAAAUACUGUAAUAAGGUAUUAGCAUUCUCUGGAAUUUGGAACCUCACUUUAUGAAA